CACGAUACAUAUUUGUCUUUGCGCGGCCGGGGGAAACCGGCCGCUUGACAAUUCCAGAACACCAGGUAGCCGAUAGCGCCACUAGCAUGUCACCAGCUCCCUGAAGUCGUCGUUCGCCAUGUCGUUGACCGCUGCUUCCAACCUCGGCCAUCGAGCCCGGUGCUACAGGGCCGCCCGCCCAGCGGCUCUCGGCUCUCUUAGAAGCACAGUUGUGUGUCACCAUCCCUCGCAGCAAUCCCGCGGUUUCCGCUUCGGUCGUCUCUGGUGGUCUUAUUACCAUCAGGAUUUGCACCAUGACAUCUACCAUCGCCAUCGCCGUUUCCGGUGCAAAUAUGCCGAGAUUCUCAAUCGCCGGUUGUCUUGGGAAAAGCCAUCGCUCGCCCAGGAUGCCACAGCAAGGUUGAAGCAAAUGGUCUACAAUUGCUGGCAUCCCCAUUUCAGGGCAAGCCAGACCAAUGGGCGGUACAUGAACACCGAUGCUGCGCCCAAAACUCCGGACAAUCCGGAUGGCGUCCGACCUGGGCAAAACAUUGAAGAUGCAGAGCGAGCACCCUUGGAGCAUCUCCUCUUCGGCAAAAGCUACAAUAACCCGAAGUGGAAGAGUGCGGCCGGCAGUGGAUGGAACAGCCCUGACUCGACCCCAACGCAACCAAGCACUGACCCAGAGUAUGUUAUCGACCCCAUCACGAACCGCAAGGUCCUCAAAAAGCGGCCUGGCAACACGCGUUCAGCCUCAGACGGAGCCGCGGAGAUCCCGAUCAAGGUAUUCAAGAACUACGGGUCCCACUUCGGGCAGUUCAGGCCGCACGAGUUCCAGGAAGGACAGGCUCCCAUCUUCUACGAUGGCCCGCCACCCCGGUCUGAACUUGACAGCUAUCGUCGUGUUCGAAUCGACGAGCCAGGGGACCCUAACAGUCAGUUUGCUGAGCAGCGCGGCCAAAGUGGGCCUGAACGAUCAUCACUCCGCCAUGGUACUGCCCAGUUUUCUAACCUCGUGGAUGCUCUUACUGCGACGCACAAGGAGGUUGACUGGCAGCGAAACGAUGGCAUCUCGCUAACCUCUCCUGAGUACCCGGAUUUGCACAAGUAUCGACCUGUAUCCAUUGGGGAGCUGCCCACCCUUGACAAAUCUACAGAAAGCCCCCGCUAUAAGGACCUGAACAAGUACACUGCUUUCAGAUACAACGAGCCCGAUGGUAAAACUUCAGACAUAGAACCGCUUCAAGGAGCCGAGGAGUUGGACAAGUAUGGCGCUGUGAGGAGCCAUGAACCGGAUGGCAAGUACAAGGUGGAGGCAGAACCCGAGACAGACCCGCAAGAACUGAGCAGAUAUCGACCCGUGCGGUCUCACGAGCCGGAUGGCAAAUACAAAAUACAGGAGCCAAUACCAAAGCAUGACGACUUUGACAAGUAUGUCAAUCCUAACAGCCCCGAACACCUGGAGCGACGUCUUGCGGAACCUGAAGAGGCCGCGCCGGACCCAGCGGAAUUGGCCCGGUAUCGCGAGCCCGUUCUGAGCCACGAACCCGACGGCAAGUAUGCCGCCGAGUAUGCGGAGCCCGGACCUGACCUGGCUGAGCUGGCAAAGUACCGCAAACCCUUCUUCAGUCAUGAGCCGGAUGGCAAGUAUGCUGCUUCUUACGUGGAAGAAAGGCCAGGAGAUGCCGAGUUGGCUGGGUACCAAGCCUUCCGGAGUCAUGAGCCAGACGGAAAAUACGCAACAAACUAUACCAGACCCACAUACGAUCCCGCGGAGUUGGCUACAUAUGGACCAUUUCGCAGCAAUGAGCCGGAUGGGAUAUACGCUGCCGACAAUGCGCCAGCCGAAGCCAAGUCUGCGAGAGAGGCCGCAGACCUAGGCAACCACGAAGCGUUCGGCUACGAAGACUUGGAAACUAUCCCCGCUUAUGGAGACGCCCAACUCCACAAGGAUGCCUCGGACGCCCCUGGAUGCGAGACUACGCAGAUGGACAAGUCGUACGAGCCACGGACCGCUCCGGUUGAGGGAGGCUAUGAUGCAGAAGAGCUGAAGAAGUACCAAGCCGUCCGAUGGAAUGAGCCCGAUGGGAAACCCGCCAAUGAACAAGCUACCAACCAAGGAUUCUUCGAGUAUGAUCUCAAACGCGAGUCGACUUCCGAGGCAAAGACGCCGUACCGGAAGGUUGUGGAGGAGCUGAUGGCUCACUCGGUCGUCGCUGACUCGGAUACUGCAGGUGCUGAGUCUGCAGCACGGUCAUUCGAACAGAGUGCGGGCAGUCAAAGAGGCGUCAACAGAGAGGACCAGAAGGCAGCACCUCUGACAGGAAAUUAUGUUCGAGAUUUCCCGGAGGAUUUCGCGCAUGACUGGACAUCCAAGAUUUCUGAAGCGCAAGCUUCGCUUGUGGCGACAGAGCGAGGUGCGUCCGAGAAUCAUGUUUCGGAAACGAAGGAUACCAGCGAGGCUGUGCAGCCGGCCCUUGAACGACUUAGCAAAUUCCGUACCCCGAAGACUGCCAGUGGUGAGGGGGAAGGGAACACCGCACAGCCGUCUCAACCUGUUCAUCCCCCGGGGCCUAGUCUUUACAAGAUUAUCGUCUACGACCCUACGAUGCAGAGCAUUGAGGUUGCCGAGACGACUUCUGUGGUACCCGACAGCGCUGCCCCCCUGACACCGGCUGAGGUACUUUUGCGAAUUUCGAACCCGGCCAGGUUUUUCCCCCACUUCGCCCCUCUCCAAGCCGAAGGAUUUGAGAUUGUCUCCGGCAGCGGCGACGUUCUCAUCUUCCGCAAGGUUCGAGAGGCGAAUCCCCAAGCCCACCAAACCUCGCCGGCCCCCAUGGAAGCCGUCACAUCCACCGCCGCCGCCUCUUCCCAUGCUGCCGUAUCUUCCAGUCCCGCCGUCACUGCCCACGCCGCCGUCAACCCAAUUGAUAAGACAGGGGGGCUCAUGGAAUACACGGUUGCCGCCGGCCGCUUUGCUAGCCCCACCGGCUUUGUCAACUACGACCUGCCGCCGCCUACCGCUUACCAGGCCGAAUCAGCCGAGUCGGGUAGCAGCGUGCGCCUUGACGAGCCAGUGCUCCGCGCGAAGAACGCUGAUUACGAAGAGCGCAAGCACGCCAGCCUCCCAAAGAGAGUCGCUGUUGGCGCUGCAUGGUUGGCUGGUAUCUCCUACUCGAUUGGAGUCGUGGCUGAGUAUUUCAAGACUGGCGGCGCUGACGGCAAAGGUCCCAAAGGGCUGUGAGGGAGUUGCCUUUUGGACGCAGAUCUCUUGAGCGUGGUGUUCUUCAAUGUGUUUCAAGUCUUUCCUUUGGAGUUUCUGCGUGGUAGGCGUACAUGGCUAUACCUAUCGGCAUUGGAGUACUGGGGUAGGGUUGGGAUCCGGUACGGGCAAUGGCAUUUUGACUUCCAUUCCUCUCGCUUAUACAUCAGGAGGUUACUGGAUCAGACUGCGCGUACAAUACACGAGUGGGCUGGGCUGGAUGGCUUAGGUGCGCUGCUUUGGUUGUACUGUAUAGGAUGCUACUCAACAGCGACAUUGUCAACUCUUCUUCCCCUGCUCCAGACGCGGUGAUCUGUUAGGGGCAUUACAGUCGUUGGUGCUGGCUGUUUCAAUUGUGACUGUGCCACCGGAUGUCAACGGAUCAGUGGCAACUCAGACAAGUCGACUGUGAACUGAUAGCUUGCGGCGCGAGUCCCUUUUGUUCUUAA